AUGCGACUUCAGCUUGACGGAUAUAUUGAGCUGCCCGGACUACUUGGACCGAUCGCACCGGAGCAUAUUGGUAAAAAGUGCCUGGUGCUUGAUUUGGACGAGACGUUAGUCCACAGUUCAUUCAAGCUAAUCCCGCAAGCGGACUAUGUCGUUCCUGUCGAGAUUGAUAACCAGUCGCAUAACGUCUAUGUAAUCAAACGGCCUGGUGUGGACACUUUUCUGCAAAAGAUGGGAGAGCUUUAUGAAGUUGUGAUCUUUACGGCCAGUUUAUCCAAGUAUGCCGAUCCGGUGUUGGACAUGCUGGAUAUUCAUCGUGUCAUUAAACACCGUCUGUUCAGAGAGUCUUGUUUCAACCACAAAGGAAACUAUGUCAAGGACCUCUCUGUAAUAGGCCGAGACCUGAAGAAUACCAUCAUCAUCGACAACUCUCCAGCCAGCUACAUCUUCCACCAGACUAAUGCGGUGCCCAUUUCAUCAUGGUUCAAUGAUCCGCAUGAUACCGAGCUGCUGGAUCUUAUCCCGUUUCUUGCGGAUAUGACGGUCGUGGACGAUGUGAACCCCAUCUUGGACAUGGCCAAUGAGGAACAGCAAUAAUACCUGGACUCUCUGCGUGAUGCACGACGCAUGUCCCUUCUCGCUCGCUCGCUCUCUCUCCCUCUUCCUUUUCCCCCCCCUUCCCUACAUACUACACGAGUAAAUAAUCAUUUCGUUUUUUUUUAUCCCCCUCCCCCCUAUCUCAAUGUACCUCUCAUGAAACCUGCAAUGAAAAGCAAGGAUGACAGCAACAGAAAUCAAAAACGCCUCUUUUAGAAGAGAAGACGAGGCUGAAAAAAAUAAAGAAAACGUAUAAUUCUAGCCGCUCAUUGA